AUGCCGGCAGCGCGGGGCGUUAAACGUACAGCGUCUAAAUCUUCAGCUGCCACGGCAUCGACGGGACCGAAGAAUAAGAAAAAACGCGGAGCAAUCCAAUUGGAAAUACCAUCUGCUCCCAAGAAAAGAGGUUGUGUGUUAACCUGCGGUCAAGGUGAUGUCGGUCAAUUGGGUUUGGGAGAAGGUGUUCUUGAGACUACAAAAUUCAAGCCUGUGUCAUCUCUCGGGAAUAAGAUAGUGGAUGCUCGUGCUGGAGGCAUGCAUACUAUUGCUUUGGAUAGUGAUGGAAAGGUAUGGACAUUCGGAUGUAACGACGAGGGCGCUCUGGGGAGGCCUACGGCGGGCGACGCGGACGAGGGUGCUCCGCGCGCGGUGGCGCUCCCGCGCGCCGCCGUGGCCGUCGCCGCCGGGGACUCGCACUCCGCCGCCCUGCUAGACAACGGCGAUGUGUAUGCGUGGGGCGCGUUCAGAGACUCGCACGGCAGCAUGGGGCUGGUGGUGCGCGGGCGCGAGGGCAAGGCGUGCCGCGAGCCCGUGCGCGUGGGUGUGGGCGAGCCCGCCGUCGCCGUGGCCAGCGGCGGCGACCACCUCGUCAUACUCACGACAUCGGGGUCGGUGUACACGAUGGGGUGUGGCGAACAAGGACAGCUGGGCCGCCUGUCGCAGCGGUCCGCAUCGCGCGACGCUCGUCAAGGGUUCAGUGCACUGCUAGUGCCAUCCAAAGUGACCCUGAAGGCGGGCGCGUCGCAGAUCUGGGCCGGAUACCACGCGACCUUCGCGCUCGACGCCGCCAGCGAGAAGAUGUUCGCAUGGGGGCUGAAUAACUAUGGGCAGCUCGGUAUAACAGGCGAGAAACGCAAAACGGCGCUGUUCGCACCUAUGGAGUGCGAUGCGUUCGCGGGCAACACGUGGCGCGCUGUCGCCGCCGGCCAGCACCACUCGCUGGCGCUGGACCGCGCCGGCGUCGCGCACGCGCUCGGCCGCUGUGAGUACGGCAGGUUAGGGCUGGGCGAGAAGUCUGGCGACGCGGAAGUGCUGGAACCCAUCCCCAAGCUGCAGAACAAGAAGUGCGUGUGCAUCGCAGCGGGCACCAGCAACUCGUUUGCGGUCACGGAUACAGGUGAGGUGUACGCGUGGGGUAUGGGCAGCGAGGGGCAGCUGGGCACGGGAGCGCGCGCCGACGCCGCCGAGCCGCAGCGCCUGUCGCCCGCAGCCCUGCGGGCCUCCGCCGGCGGACAGCACUCCGUUCUGCUACAGGAAGAUCCCACAGCCCAAAAAGAAGCGUCACCGGCGCCAGAGAAAGAGACAGAAGAAGAGAAGAUAGAGCCAGUAGAAGAGAAGAGACCGAGCAAGAGACAGAAGAAGCAGGAGCAAGAUGAGGAGAUCUCAUCAACUUCUAGUGCGCAGACUGCUGACGUCACGGAGGUGAAACCGGAGAAGAUAAAUGGUAACGAGAAAAAAGAACCUGAAACACAAACAGAAACGGAAACGCCGAUGGAAGUUGAUGAAAAUGACAAAUCACAAGAAAAUAAAGAUGAUAAAAAAAUAGAAGAGCCCAUGGAUCAAACUGAUUCUGAAAAAUCUCAAGACACAUCCAGUCAAGAUACCGACGUUGAGACGAAGGCGGACGUCGAGCUGGCGGAAACGGCAGAAACCGCCCAGCCCGCCGAGUCCGAAACCGCCCAGUCCGCCCAAGCCGCCCAGACCGCCCAGACCGUCACAGAGACCGAGGUCAAUGGCACCGUCGAGACCAAACCCGUCGUCCUCACGACGGCG